AGUCUGCAAGCAAAUCGAGCGCACAACACAAUGCGACGCCGCAAGCAAAGGAGAAUUUACAUAUUCCUUAUAUUACACUAAUUCUUGACAUUUUAAUCAAUAUAUCAAAUUCUGUUUAAUUUCUAAACUUCAGCAUUAUGAAUAUAAUUUGAAACUCGGCGAGCGCUAUGUGCAGCGGGGCAAAGCGGGCAUAUUUGCAUUAAAGGAGUAUUUGCAACGAAAUCUUGUGGAAGAUGGUAAUGGUCCUAUUGUCGACAUUGUUUGUGCACCAUAAACCGACAUUAUACGUCAAAUUUAUAAGUAUAUAGUAUUGCCAAGAUAUACGUAUGCUGCUUAUUUUGAUGAGUGGUUGCGUUCAACGAUUCAAACUGGAUGAUUGUCAAUUGAAAUUUGAGCGAGAUGUAAAUUAAUAGAUGUACUGUGAAAAUGAAGAAGGAAUCAGCCGCGUUAUGAUGUGAGAUUAUAGGCGAUUGCCACUGAACUGGAAGAUGCUUUUAUUAAAAAUUUGUUGAUCAGAUUUUUUAAGUAUUGUUGAUAAAUAUUUUUGUCCAGUAGUUAUUGGUCAUCAUGUGGGUCGACGGUUUUUAUGGGUGUCUUUUACCUACAGUUUCUACAAUGAUAAUAUUUGUUGUUACUGUCAAUGUUGUUCGCUUUUUAAUAGGAGAAAUCAACAUUCACGUUAGAGAUGCUAAAAAACAUAACUGGCAAAUCAUUAAAAGAACUUCCAGGCCUUAUUUCUGCAGUGUUUGUGAAUCUCUCUUAUUGGCUAUGAACGGAUUAUACUGUGAUUCAUGUGGAGUCUGCGCUGAUCACGAAUGUCUUAAAAAAGCAGAUAAAAAGUUUAGAUGCAAGGAAAUUACUUUAUCGUCAAAUGAAGAACCUAUGAAACAUCAUUGGGUCAGAGGUAAUUUACCAAUUGUUGCAAUGUGCGAUAUAUGUGAUGAAGAAUGCAAUUUUGAGCCAGAACUUUUAGACUGGUGGUGCUGCUGGUGUCAAAGAUGUUCACACGAAACAUGCAAAUCAUCAAUUAAUGAUGUGUGUGAUUUUGGUGUUUAUAAACUUAUGAUCAUUCCACCAGCCAGUCUUGAAAUUGUCAAUAAGUCCAGUAAAGUUCGACGCCGCCUACAAAUCCGAUCAAUUGUACCGCCGUUGUGGCCAAAUUGGAGUCCAUUGAUUGUAGUUGCCAAUAAAAAAUCAGGAAAUAAUGAAGGGGCAGAAAUAUUAUCUUCUUUCCGAAGGAUUUUAAACCCUGCUCAAGUAAUUGACUUAUCAGAACGCGAUCCUGUGGCAGCUUUAGAGUGGUGCCGCUUAUUAGGUGAUACUCCAUACAAAAUUGUGGUAGCUGGAGGUGAUGGGACUGUUGCCUGGCUUCUAGAUGCAAUCUAUAAGUUGCAACUAAAUCCAGUUCCAGCUGUAGCAAUUCUUCCAUUAGGAACAGGAAAUGAUUUAUCGCGUGUCUUAGGUUGGGGAAAGGAGUAUGAUUCUAACACAGAGGUAUCUGCAACUCUGCAAGCUAUACAAUUAGCAAAGAAAGUUGAUCUUGACAGAUGGUCUGUGUCAAUUGAUGCUAAAAAGGGAUUAGGUUUUAGAGCACAUCAUAAAUCAAUACAUAUGUACAAUUACCUAAGUGUAGGAGUUGAUGCACAAGUGACUUUAAAUUUUCAUCGUACAAGAGAAAGUCGUUUUUAUCUUUUUAGUCAUAGAAUAUUUAACAAGCUACUUUAUUUAUGUUUUGGAACACAGCAAGUUGUGGAAAGAGAAUGUAAAGAUUUAGACCAAAGAAUUGAAGUGUAUUUAGACGAUAAAAAAAUCGAAUUACCUUCUAUUGAAAGUAUUGUAGUACUGAACAUUCCAUCAUGGGGGGCUGGUGUUGAUUUGUGGAACAUGAAUCUCGAAGAUAAUCAAGUAGGAGUACAAAGUAUUUGUGAUAAAAAACUCGAAGUAGUAGCAAUUUAUUCUUCUCUUCAUAUAGCCCAACUGCAAGUUGGUUUAUCACAACCACUUCGUUUAGGCCAAGCCAAGACUGUUAAAAUAACAUUGAAGAGUCCCUGUGCGAUGCAAGUAGAUGGAGAACCAUGGCAUCAAUCUCCAUGUACAUUUAAUGUUACGCAUGUUAAUCAAGCAUCAAUGUUGAUGAGCAGUGACUACUGAUUUUUAAAAAUUCUUGGAUCUCUGAUGAAUGAAUAUACGGUAAUUGAAAUUUUAUGGAUUCAAAAAGCUUACUUUAAUAAAUAUAUACAUAUAUGCGUUAUACUAGAAUUUGUAAAAUCGUUGUAAACUAUAUUAAUCAAUAUAAAAUUAUGAUGCUGUAUAUAUACAUGCAGAUCUAUAUGUUUAUACAUAUAUGGAAAGAAUUGAAAAGGAAAUAUGCUUCUAAAAUAUGUUCCUACAGAAAAUUCAAAACUUUAUCAAGUUGUCUGAAAAACUUGGCACGCACUGAAACUGAAAAUAGAAGCAAAGUAGGUUUCUGUAAAUUAAAAAUGUUGUAUAAUCAAUAAAGAAUUAUUUAUUUUUAUUGGAAAA